AUGGAUUCAAUUACAUUUUCAUUAUUAACAAGUACUAUUAAUCCAUUACAUUCUUCUAAACUUUCUACUACUACGUCACUUCUCUUGUCACCAUCACCGUCAGCAACAACAACACUAAAUGGAACAGGCAGUGCAGCUGAACUAACAAAAACACUUAUACCAGAAAAAUAUCAAAUAAUUUUAUUAAGUUUUGCAUAUGGCAUUAUAUCUUUACUUGCUGUCGUUGGUAAUUCAUGUAUUAUCUAUAUUGUUCUACGCAAUCGACGAAUGCAUUCAGUAACAAAUUAUUUUAUAUGCAAUUUAGCUCUAGCUGAUUGUCUUGUUGCAUGUUUUGCUGUACCAUUCCAAUUUCAAGCGGCAGCUCUUCAAAAAUGGGUCUUACCUCAUUUUCUUUGCAAAUUAGCACCAUUCGUUCAAAUACUUUCUGUUGAUGUAUCAAUAUAUACUCUCGUAGCUGUUUCGCUUGAUCGUUAUCAUGUUAUGUUACAUCCAUUAAAACCGAAAUUAUCAACAAAAAGUGCAUUCAUUAUAUUUAUUAUAAUCUGGCUUGUUGCAUUGGGAUCAUCAAUACCUAGUCUUAUAUUUUACAAUGUUUAUUUUAUUGAUGAUAUUGGUUAUCAAUGUUUACCAAAUACAUCUGAGCUACAACAACACAGUAAUUCAACAACAAAUUCUUAUGAUAUAAAUAAAAUUUAUAUUGUUUAUAAUAUAUAUUCACAAUAUAUAAUACCAUUUAUAAUAAUAAGUUGUGCUUAUUUUCGUAUAGCAGCACAUUUAUAUUUUUCUAAACCAGUUGGACAAACAAAACAUCAAGAAGUUAUUGCUCGUAAUAAACGUAAAGUAUUAAAAAUGUUAUUUCUUGUUGUGGCUUUAUUUUUAAUCUGUUGGUUUCCAUUACAACUUUAUAAUUUUCUUAAUGUCUAUAAACCUGAAAUAAAUGAUUUUAAACAUAUUGUAGUGUUAUGGUUAUGUGCUAAUUGGCUUGCUAUGUCUAAUUCAUGUCAUAAUCCAUUCAUUUAUGGUUUUUGUAGUGUGAAAUUUAAUCGAGAAUUUCGUAAACUUUUCUCUUGUUUUCCUUGUAUUGAUGCUACUCAAUUAGAUAAUGAUUUAGCAAAUAAAAAUCGUGUACAUGUACCAUUAUCAACUCAAAACCGAUCCACAGCAUUACAGUUACGACGUGCGAAUUGUCAACGUCGUUCACCUAAUUCUUCACCAAGUUUGUUGCAAGGACAACAGUGGUCUCAUCAAAAUACAACCAAUAAUCAAGUUUUAUCAACAACAAAAGGACAUCGUAAUGGAAAAUAUUAUAAUUUUUUUUCAAAUAAUAAUUCCAGCGAUCAUCAUCAUCAUCACCAUGCAUUAUUUGGUAAUAAUAAUUAUUACAGUACAAAAAUGGAUCGAUCAAUAACUAAUUGUGAAAAAUUUUUACCCGAUCAUGAUAUAAUUAAUUCUACAAAAGAAAACGAUCUUUUAUUAAUUCAUGCACGACAAUCGACACGCUUUUUGUAG